GUGAAACGUUUAGCAGUUCUUCAGUCCCCGUUCCGAAAAUCAAAGGCUCUUUUCAGAGCCACCCACUUUUCUCCCGGAAAGUGCUGAAAUACUUCGUAAGUGUAGGAGACGUGUUCAAGUCUUAAUGUGUAGUUCCGCUUAAAUUUUGUUUAUAUUAGCCUGUUAAAAGUUUUGCGUUUAAAAAUGGGAAACCGCUCCCAGGUUUGCCACAAAGGGGCUAAAUUGUUAGCCGGUGGUCACAUUUUAUGCACCAUAAAUUCUUAGAAAAAUUCAUGAAACUAGCUUUCUGCCAUCCCUUUAACUGAAAAGAUGCAAUACGUUUGUAAACUCACAUAAAGAACCCCUGUUAAGGGAAUUCUGUGUCAGGACAUAAAUUAGGGCUUUUAGGCUAUGGAUAACGUAUAUGUAUGUAAAUGACGAUACAGACCAUAAUGCCUGAUGUUGAGUGGUGGUUUUGCAUGUACAUGAGGUAUAUACAUUAUUACAUAUAAUGUAUAGUCAAAGGAACUUGGUGUCAAAAAGUAAAAUAUGAAUAAAAUAAAUGCGAGAACAAAGGAGGAAUAGCUGACCAAUGACAUGUCUGGGCGGGCUUUUUAAAUUCUGCGAAUGACGGCAUUAGUGAGAAUUGUUUAGUCCAUUGGUCGUUUCUCCUUUCAGAAAAAUUCAAUGAAUGAAGUACAUUAAAAUCUCUACUAAGUGAAACCUUACUGUUAUGGACUCAAUUCAAAGUGGACUAUAAACUUGAAAUAAAAUUUCGAUAACUCAUUUAAUCUUUAAUGGAAUCCAACCAUAUUUCUCCUAAAGGCAACGUGAGAACCAAUUAGAUCACAGCGCGGGAACUAGGAAUCAGACUGAUCUGCACCCAUACGUAAGGUCAGAACCGGCACCAGCACCAUACUACUCUCCAGCCAGUUUCCUUUUCUGUUAUCGUCAUGGCUCGUACAAAGCAGACCGCUCGCAAGUCCACCGGCGGCAAGGCACCGCGCAAGCAGCUGGCCACCAAGGCGGCCCGCAAGAGCGCGCCGGCCACGGGCGGCGUGAAGAAGCCGCACCGCUACCGGCCCGGCACGGUGGCCCUGCGCGAGAUCCGCCGCUACCAGAAGUCCACGGAGCUGCUGAUCCGCAAGCUGCCGUUCCAGCGCCUGGUGCGCGAGAUCGCGCAGGACUUCAAGACCGACCUGCGCUUCCAGAGCUCGGCCGUGAUGGCGCUGCAGGAGGCGUGCGAGGCCUACCUGGUGGGGCUCUUCGAGGACACCAACCUGUGUGCCAUCCACGCCAAGCGCGUCACCAUCAUGCCCAAGGACAUCCAGCUCGCCCGUCGCAUCCGCGGGGAGAGGGCUAUCUCAUCUAGCCUUGUGAUGUCUGGACGUGGCAAAGGCGGAAAGGGCUUGGGUAAAGGGGGCGCCAAGCGCCACCGCAAAGUCCUGCGGGAUAACAUUCAAGGGAUCACAAAACCUGCAAUCCGUCGCCUGGCUCGUCGCGGUGGAGUAAAGCGCAUCUCAGGUCUUAUUUAUGAGGAGACCCGCGGGGUUCUGAAAGUGUUUCUGGAGAACGUAAUUCGGGACGCGGUCACCUAUACCGAGCACGCCAAGCGCAAGACUGUUACGGCCAUGGACGUGGUGUACGCGCUCAAGCGCCAGGGACGCACUCUCUACGGAUUUGGCGAAGUAAUGGCGCGUACAAAGCAAACUGCUCGUAAGUCGACCGGCGGCAAGGCGCCGCGCAAGCAGCUGGCCACCAAGGCGGCCCGCAAGAGCGCGCCGGCCACGGGCGGCGUGAAGAAGCCGCACCGCUACCGGCCCGGCACGGUGGCCCUGCGCGAGAUCCGCCGCUACCAGAAGUCCACGGAGCUGCUGAUCCGCAAGCUGCCGUUCCAGCGCCUGGUGCGCGAGAUCGCGCAGGACUUCAAGACCGACCUGCGCUUCCAGAGCUCGGCCGUGAUGGCGCUGCAGGAGGCGUGCGAGGCCUACCUGGUGGGGCUCUUCGAGGACACCAACCUGUGUGCCAUCCACGCCAAGCGCGUCACCAUCAUGCCCAAGGACAUCCAGCUCGCCCGCCGCAUCCGCGGCGAGAGAGCAUAAAUUAUUAUUGCCAACAAGUGCCAACUUAAAACCCAAAGGCUCUUUUCAGAGCCACCUAUAAUUUCACUUUGCGGAGCUGUAUCACAAGGGAGUAG